ACAAUCAGCUUGUGUCGGACGGAAACAACGGGACCUACCCGACGCCACCGCGACGUCAUCGUGCCGGGCGAAUUCGCAAUACACACGCCAGACGAAAACAUCGGCGGCAGAGCGGAGGAAAUAAAAAAAAGGGAAAGAUUCGCAUCGGAACCUUUGGGGAGCGAAGCAUCGUUCGCAAAUCGUUCUUCGCGCCGAUGGCGGCCCUUUUCGGUGUUCCCGGCUCCAGCGCGGUCCACAUACAUUGGUACGGACGGACCAGAUCACCGAGCCAAACCGACCAGCCCGACCGGUAGUAGCAGUUAGUAGUGGAUUCGCUACACAUUUGGCAGCACGUCUAGUUUCCUCACGCGGGGUCCGUUUCGCUGUUGGUGACGCGCGUGUUCUUUCCGCUUGCAUCGCCAGUAUCGCGAAGUGCCAAGUGCACACGACCGAGCGGAGAAAUCCGAUCCGCGGUUUCCGCUGGACUUCGAACGGCUUUCGAUUAUCUAUCGUAAACUGUCAUGCUAACGAAAUGCGUGUGUAGUAAACAUCUGUCAUCACUCGCUAAUGUGGAUGUGUAGUUUUGAUUAACGUAAUUAAACAAAGAGCUCAUAAAACAAGUGGUUGUUACUGCCGUAGGUUCAAGUGAAAGUGUUGUUUUGCUGUGAAAGUGAAUAUGAAACUGUGGCAAGCUGUCGAAUAAUUAAACCAGCUGUAGAAACAGGACUUGGGAAAACCUCAUUGAGUCCAGUAGAUUUGAUCCUGUAGAUUUGUAGAGAGCCACCAGGAGGAGGCGGAACACUUGAAUCGGCGAGGAACACAAAAAACGCUAUAAGGUAUUUCAUCGUCUCACUAAUCUAAACCCACCCGUGCGGGGAAGUGGGAAUGUUUUACAAACCUUCUACAUCUUACCGAUUAUGCGAUAUUAUCAGCGUAAUUAAGGAUAUAAUUAACUUAAAAGGAUAAUUCACAUCCAGGAAGAUAACCGCCAAAGACACACUGAUAGAAAGAAAACUGCAUCGUAAAGAAAGAAAACAAACCAUCCAUCCAGAGCAGAUCGAUGACUGGCGGUAAACCAGUUGCAGUUUGUCCGUUAGCGUCUUUCCACGGUUGCAUUUUGUGAAAGUCAUCUAACCGUGGUGCUAGUGAAAAGUGCAGUGUAAAGUGUUGUGCAUCUCUCGUCCUCUGAAAAUCGUGUGAAUCACAAAACGAAAGAAAAGUAAAAAUUGUCCUGCGAAAAGCAGGUAACCACAGAAGUGAGUGUUCGUGUUCGUUCGCGGUGUGAAGAAGAUAGUAGGCAGCGAGCGAAUGAAAAUAAGUGCAAAAGUGCAUCGUUCGUGCAGAUCACUUUGUCGCGGUGCAGUUUCAAUCGGCCGACAGAAAGUCGUAUUAAAAUUCCAAAGUGGCCAAACGUGGCGGAAAUAUUCGUAACAAAUCCAUCCCCCCCACUGAUGGGCGAGCCGAAACUGAGAAAGUGCACAUUUUAUCGCUUGCCACCUCCCCCCAAAAUAAUGAGCAUUCAUUCGUGGCUUUUGAGUGGUUUCUGAAACAUCGAAUUUGAUUGGUGACCGGUGAACUGUUUUAUGCCAAACAAAUGCUCUUCUGAGUGAACCAAAAAUAGCUUCUGAGCGUUUCAAGUCUCGCGGUUUCGAAACAAACAAAUAAAUAAGAAUCUGCGGUUCAAAAUUAUAGUUGAAAAAAGAAGAAAAAAAAGUGAAGAAAACCAUCCUACAUAGAAAGGUAGCUCAGUGACCAAAUUGCGCGUGUGUUUGCAGAGAACCUCCGCGUUCCUCCGUGGUUAGUUUUUGUGUGUGUUUUAGUCCCUUUUUUUUAAACCCACCAUUCGCGUGUGUUGUUGUUGCGGCCGUCCAAAACGCCGUUACGACAAGCGCGAAACCAAAAAGCCGUCAAACUGGCCGCCUCAAUAGCAAUGAAUCCCCACUACCAUCCGUACUCGGAUCUAUCCUCGCCGCACUCGCCCAGCCCGGACAAUGCCGGUAGCUACCCCCAGCUAACCCCGCACCACAAUGGGCACGGGGGUGGUGGUGGUGGUGGCGGUGGCGGCGGUGGUGGCGGUGGUCCCAACUCGAUGGUCAGCCAGAUGGACGGCCAGCAGGGAUUCCACCAGAUGAACAGUGGUAACGGUGGCGGACCGGUGAAACACUGCGCGGGAUGUGGAGGCAAAAUCACGGAACGUUUCUUCCUGCACGCGCUGGACCGAUACUGGCACAACUCCUGCCUCAAGUGUUCGUGCUGUGGCGCGAUGCUGGCCGAUAUCGGGUCCAGUUGCUACACGCGCAGCGGCAUGAUUCUCUGCAAAGCGGACUACUCGAGGUUAUUCGGUACCGGCGCUUGCUCUGCCUGCCAUCAAACGAUACCCGCCAACGAGUUUGUGAUGCGAACGACGUCCCACACGACGAUAAACAACAAUCUGAACGCCGCCGCCAACAACAACAACCAGAACGGCACGGCGAACAACAACAACACCAGCAACACCAACAACAACAACAACAACGGCCAGUCCGUGCCGCAGCACCACGUGUUCCACCUGAAGUGCUUCCAGUGCUCGAAGUGCGGGAGCCACCUGGUGCAGGGCGACCGGUACUACAUGCUGGGCGGCAGCCUGGUCUGCGAGCCGGACUGGCACAAGCUGGUGAAGACGACCACCAACCAGACGAACCCGCCGCUGCGCAAGGGCAAGGUCGGCCGACCGCGGCGCUCCCGCGACUGA